AUGGGCCAACAGGAGAAAGAACCAGAGAUCACGGUGGAACAACUCCCAGACCUCCUUGCCAACGACAAUGCUGUCAAGCUCGCCGGUGUCGAUGUUGACGGCCAGCUCCGCGGCAAGCUCGUCUCCAAGAAGAAGUUCCUCUCGAUCGCAAAGAGUGGCUUUGGCUUCUGCUCUGUCAUCUUCGGCUGGGAUAUGCACGAUAUGACUUAUGUGCGCGAGCUCAAGGUCAGCAACAAGGAGAAUGGAUACAGGGAUAUUAUCGCAGUGCCGGACUUGCAGAGCUACAGGCGCAUUCCAUGGGAAGACAAUGUGCCGUUUUUCCUGGUCAGCUUCUUUGAUCCUGAUACGAAGAAUUCCGUUUCUGCGUGCCCGAGAGGUCUGGUCAAGGCGCAACUCGAGAAGUUCAAGACGAUCAAUGUUGGAGCCAUGGCGGGAGCCGAGUACGAGUUCUACCAGUUCAAGAGCCCUUCCAACAACCAAAACGAUAGCUUGACCUCUGGUACCGCGGCAUUCUUGCAACAAAACCCGCCACAUAGUCUACCCGCUCUGACUGAAGGCAUGUUUGGUUACAGCUUGACGAGACCGGUCCACAACAGCGGGUACUACUACGACGUCUUUAACAGCUGUGAGGCUUUCAGGUGCAACAUCGAGGGGUGGCAUACCGAAAGUGGACCGGGAGUCUACGAAGCAGCGCUCGAGUUUGGUGAGGCAGCGCAGAUGGCAGAUCGCGCGAGUUUGUUCAAGUAUGUGGUCAAGUCGGUCGCGACCAAGUACGACAUCACCCCAUGCUUCAUGGCAAAACCCAAGCAAGGCCUGCCCGGAAACAGUGGGCACAUGCAUAUUUCGCUCGUCAACCACCGCGGGGAAAAUUUGCUGUUCCGUGGAGGAAAGGACGAGAAGGCUCAGUACUCAGACAUUGAGUCUCUGUCGGACUUGGGAAGACACUUUUUGGCUGGUAUUCUGGAAGGUCUGCCAGAUGUCAUGCCCAUGGUAGCGCCCACGAUCAACAGUUACAAGCGGUUGGUGGAGAACUUUUGGGCUCCUGUCACGGUGUCAUGGGGCCUUGAGCACAGAGCGGCUUCCAUCCGGCUCAUUGCGCCUCCUACCUGCAAGCCGGCUGCCACGAGAUUCGAGAUCCGGGUUCCUGGCGCAGACGCAAACCCAUACUACGUCAUGGCUGCCAUGCUGGCACUCGGCUGGCGCGGUAUCGAGAAGAAACUGGAGAUUCCGUGCCCUCCGCUUGGAAAGGGCGAGGAAGUCGGCGGUGAGUCGGAUAAGGGGGUGAGACUGGCCAAGAACCUCAAGGAGGCCAACGACCGGUUCACUCGCACCGGCAGCAUCGCGAGGGAGGUGUUUGGUGACGAGUUUGUGGACCACUUUGGUGGUACAAGAGAGCACGAGAUAAGACUGUGGGAUGAGGCUGUUACUGAUUGGGAGAUGAAGCGUUAUAUCGAGACUGUGUGA